AUGGAUCUAGAGAUCGGCGCCCGCGUGGCAUUCGGCGCCGGCAAGAGUGGGGUCGUGCGCUUCAUCGGCGAGACGGAAUUCGCCAGCGGUGAGUGGGUAGGUAUCGAGCUAGAGCGACCCGAGGGAAAGAACAACGGCGAGCUCAAUGGCCGCGUCUACUUCACAUGCGCGCCCAACCAUGGCGUCUUUGUCAAGAAGUCGAUGGUUCGAACGGUUUUAUCGUCCGCGUCGUCCACUGCCAAGGCGCCACUAAGUCGACGUCUCUCAGGCGUGGGCAGCAGUCGCUUGUCGGGCAUUGGGACGUCGUCAUCAACCGCAGCGCCGUCCAGUUCGACGCCUAGCAGCUCAGCGAGUUCCAGACUAUCAGCACCUAAGCCACGGGCGUCGAUGAUCACACCGAGCAGUAGAUCUAGUAUUCCUGCAGCCUCAGCAGCCAGACCGAGGCUCUCGCUUGACAGACGGCCGUCUUCAGGUGCCGCUACGUCCAGUAGUUCGGACGACCAGCUGACUGAGGCGAGAGUGAGGAUCUCCAAGCUGGAGGAAGAGCUGGAGCAGAAGAACCGGCACGUAGAACAACUGAGACAGAGUGUAGCUGUCAUGAAGGAGGCAGCGACUGCGAACAGCGAGAAGAUCAAGUUACUCGAGGAACAGGGACAGGAACAGGUCGAGAAGAUGGAGCAGCAGGGGCAGGUGGAUGCCGACGGAGACGAGAAGAUGGACGUGGACGAGGAGCAGUCCAGUUUGUCGCCUCAGGAGGAACUAGUGCUACAGAUUGAGAUUGUCCGAGAAGAAGCAGACGAACAUGUGCGUUCGGUACGUGCCGAGCUGGAAGAUCACAUCACCGAGCUCCAAGGAGAGCACGAGGAGCAGCUGGACGAACUGCGGCUUGAGAACGCUACUCAGGCGUCCGAGAUCAAGGCUCUAGAGGCAGAAGUGGCGCAGCAGAAGAUGCGCAUUGCGGCGUUUACGGCAGCUGAGCAGAAGAAGGCGGAGGAGGUGGCGAUGGCUGUGGCCAAAUCGAGUUCUGGUGCUCGUAAAGUGGAGACGCUGGAGAAACAGGUCGCUGAGCUCCAGGAUAUGAUUGAGAUGAUGACGCUGGAGAAGGAGACCGUCGAGAUGGAUAAGGAGAUCGCGGAGGAGCAUGCUGAGGAGCUGCAACAAGAAGUGGAGAAGCUCAAGGCUGCGAUGGCGCUGUCAGCAACAACAGGACCGGACUAUUCGGAGGGAUCUGCGAGUGGCGGAGACUUGGCAGAGGAGAACAACAAACUCCGAGCUGCUGUCAAGAUGCUACACGAGCGUGCGUCCGAGGAGAAGGCGGAACUGAGCAAGAAACUGCGCCAGGCUCAACGUGAGAACGCUGAGCUUGUGUCGUUGAGGGAGGAGGUGGAAGAACUGAGCUCGAAGAAGCACACGCUGGAAGUCGAAGCUGAGGAGCUGAAGGAGAUGCUGGACGUUGCCAACGCGUACGAGUCGAUGGUGGAGGAUCUUACUGAAAAGAAUCUGAAUCUGGGCGAGAAACUGGCAGAGCUGGAGACCACGGUGCAGUCGCUCGAGUCGCUGCGAGAGGUGGACCAGGAGAUGGAGCAUCAGCACACUGAGUAUGAAGCAGAGCUACGCGAUGAAAUCGACUCGCAACGUGUCACUUUGCAGGAGCUGAAGCAGGCGGCACUGGACCAGAAGACUGUUCUGGAAGACAAGGAGCGCACGAUCGCUCGGUUCCGUGACCUGGCACACAGUCACCGUGAAGAAAUUGCCCAAUUGAAGGCGAAGCUCCGAGCAGAGAGUGGCGCGGUGGAGUCUCUGAAGGACACGGCACACUUGGCACUGAACCAGACGAUGGGACUGCGUGCGUUGGUCGCAGCUGCACGCGAACACGAGACCGAAGCUGCCAGACAGAGGAUUAUCUCGGAGCAGGCGAGACUGGAGAACUCCUUCUUACGUGCUGUGGUGCCCAACUCGAUCUUCUCUGAGACGGACCAGAAGGUUCUUCGUGUCCGAUUGACACUGGGACGCAUCGCCGGCAAGUCGGACAUUUUGGUGCAGCACCUGAAGAAGGACCUGGACACGGUGGCGCAGCAGCCAAUUGCCAGUGGUCAGACCGAAGACGAGAAGGACGAGGGGGCUUCUAUUCAAGCCGUGAGUGUGGAGCAGCUGGUAUUGGGAGACAAACUAGCAGCGGUCUCGUGUCAAGCGAAGGAGGAUCUCUUCAUGCUCGAGUGCCACUUGACUACAGAGGACGAGUUUACGCAGGGCUGUUCAGCACUCGACACUUCUCAAACGUCUGCGUUGGAGAGUGUACUGGACUUGGCGUUGUCAGCGUUCUCGGAGGGAGCUUUACUUUAUGGCCCUCGAGGAGGCGACGUCGCGUCGUUGUAUGACCGGUUGGUCCAGACGUCGGAGGAUUGGCACACGGGACGGAUCGCCCAAGCUGCUUGUGCUCCAGGAGCUGAAGGUUUUGGGGCUCGGUCUGCUGUUGUCAAGUUGCGUACGAGAAAGAAUGUAGCCAAGUUGGCAUUCUCCAUUUCGUCGAUGGUGACGUUCCUGCGGACUACCAAGAGCUUCAUUGCGAGCUCGGAGAUGCCGGAUGACGACCACACUGCCGCGUUACGUGCAGAGCUGGCUCCAGUGCUGGAUAAAUGUCUAGGAGAGCUGUUGUCGGUGCUGAAUGUGGCUCAGCUGUUCUACCGUCGUGCUGAGAUCGAUUUGGCUGCUUCAGACGAUGACCUGGACGGUCUGGUGGCUGCCGGCGGUGAGGUUGUGUCCUCUAUCCAGAGUUAUGCGGCAGAGGCUCAGUCAUUGGCGUCUGCAUUGCAAGCUCAGCUCGGUCACGAUGGUCUUGUGGAGCACACGAAGCCGACAGAAGAGCUGGUGCAGUUCGCGCAACAGGCGGUGUACGACCACGCUGUGGCAUUCAAGGAGAAGGUCGCGUUGCUGUACAAACUGGUAUGUCGCGGAGCCUUCACUGAUGCCGUAGCGCCUCGUACGCGCAACGAGAACCCUGAUGGAGCCAAUGGUCGUCCGCAGUGGCGUAUCCGUGCUCAGGCGAUCCAUCAAGAGUUGGUGGAUGCGUCGACGCUGCGUAGUAACUUGGCGGAGAUGACGGAGCUGUGCAAUGCGCUGCAUCAACGUAUCCGUGAGUUCGAACGUGCCGAUAGUCAACACCGCGUGGUCGCUCAGAAGCUCGAGAGUCAAGUGCUGCAGCUGACGGAGAGCGUGGCUGCCAUGACGAGUGAAAAGACGCAGCUGGAGACGCAACUUGCCAAGGAGCGUGAACAAUUCGACGUGGCGCUGGACGAGUCCAACAAGGAGAAGACGUUGCUCAACUCGCUGAAUCGGGAUCUCCGAAAGCAAUUGAAGCGUACAAGCGAUGCUGGUAGCAGCGUCAAGAGCGGUAACACCGGUACGGGUGCCAAGGGCUCAGCCAUGGGCGCAGCAGAUGCCGACGCUUUCCGUCGCGCCUUCCAUCAACUGCACACGGAGCUGCACACGGUGCGCUCUACACUCGCAAAGGAGCGAUUGGAGAAGCUUCUCGGGUCGAAUGCUGGGCUCAACCCGCGCCAAUCGACGUCAAAGCCGUCCGAUCGAUUGGCGAACUCCCUAAAGGAGGUGGCGACGUUCUCGAGACAGGUAAAGGCCCAACUGUCGAUGCCUCGGUUGGUGGAUCUGAAGCGUGCUGCUUCUUCGACGGGGGCGACUGCACACGCGCAACUCGUGACUGAGAAGCUGCAGCAGUCGCGUGCGCAGAGACAGUUGACAUCACUUCGUGAACGUGUCGGGGCGGCCAUGCAAGAGGACGGCUGGGGUCAGGACGUCACGAACGCUAUUACUAAAGAGAUGGAGAGGCCCCCUGUACUUCUAGGGCGUGUGAAGUUCGGCAACAGCUCCACGACCGCCUCGCAGUCCGUGCAGCUCGUGUUCAACCGAGCCGAGGACAUGGGCGUCGGAUCUUCGAGUCGUCGCUGGGAUGGCAGCACUGUGUCCUCGCAGAAGGGCAAGGUGGCUAUCGUGACAGGCAACUCCGGCAUCGGCUUCGAAACGGCUAAAGCUUUGGCCUUGCGUGGAGCCCACGUGGUACUCGCCUGUCGGAGCGACGUUCGUGGUUGUCAAGCUGAGGAAUCGAUUCGGAAGACGCUGAAUAAAGAGGUCGGUGAUGGCGUCGGUGGAGUGGAGCUCAUGCUGCUGGACCUGGCCGAAGUCGACAGCAUUAGCGAGUUUGCAAGGGCCUUUCGAGCCAAGUUCGACCGUCUCGAUCUGCUUAUCAACAAUGCUGGAGUUGCCUGCCCACCAGUGCGACACAACUCCAAGGGCUUAGAAUGCACCUUUGCCAUUAAUCAUCUUGGCCACUUCUACUUGACGAGUUUGUUGUGGAAUCUGCUACGUCAGAGUACGAUACAAGCUCGAGUGGUGAAUGUGUCGAGUGGACUGCAUCGUGCUGCCAAGUUGGACUUUGCCAUGAUGGGUCACACGCCAGGCAACAGCAUGCGUGACUACGCCGAGUCCAAAAUGGCCAAUGUGUUAUUCACGUAUGAGCUGCAGCGACGGCUACGGGAUGCCGGCAUUUACAAUGUGUUGUCGGUGGUGGUGCACCCUGGCGUUUGCCACACGGAGAUCUGGAACAAGUACAUCCGAACCAAGCUUGCGAGAUGGCCGUUCCUGCAGUGGUUGGCAAUGUGGGCCGUGUGGUUGUUGCCGUUUCUGCCUCAGAAGAUCGGAGCGCUCCCGACGUUGUACGCAGCGACGGUGGAUAGCGCGCCAACUCCGGUAUCGGCUUCGGCGGCCAAGGCGUUGGCCGCGCGCGGAGCGCACGUGAUCAUCGCUUGCCGUAAUGAAGGGCGUGGACGACGCGCCGAGGACCUGAUCCGCCAAGGACUGUCCGAGCUGCCCGUAAUCGAUGUCGGGUCUGUGGAGUUUAUGCUGGUGGAUAUCGGAGACCCGGCCAGUGUUCGCAAUUUCGCGCGUGCGUUCCACGAGAGAUUCGACCACCUUGAUCUGCUGAUCAACAACGCCGGCGUGUCCGUACCCGCCGAACGCUACACACGAGGAGGCCUGGAAGCUCACUUUGCCAUUAACCAUUUGGGGCACUUCUACUUGACGAGCUUACUGAUGGACUUGCUGCGCCGCUCAAAGGACCAAGCCCGUGUGGUCAAUGUCAGCAGUCUCGCGCACUACUUCGCCUGGAUGUACCUGGACUUCUCGACUCUGGGGCACACGCGCGGCAGUCUUCGCGACUACUUGACGACCAAGAUGGCCAACUUGCUCUUCACCUAUGAGCUACAACGUCGUCUACAAUCCGCACAGGUGGAGAACGUGGUGGCCGUGGCGGCUCACCCGGGCUUGACACACACCGACAUCUGGAACCGCUACUACCGCAGCACGUUCCCAAGCUGGCUGGCCGAGAUCUUCGUAUGGCUCGUAUCGUGGUUACCCUUUAUGACGUCGCAAAUGGGCGCUCUUCCCAUUCUGUACGCUGCGACAGUGAAGAACGUCAAAGGAGGAGAGUACUACGGACCCGACGGGUUCCUGCACAUACGAGGUACUGAUUCAAGAUUAUUAAUGAAGAUAAAGGAGACAUCUCUUCCAACCAUGAAGGUCAAGACGAUCUCCCGCGUCGAGAAGGACUUUACACAAGAGGUGCAAUCGGACAAGCUCAAGGUCUUUCGCAACUACGACCCGGCGCUGCACCCGUUCGAGCGACCGCGCGAGUACACUCGAGCAUUGAACGCUGUGAAGCUCGAGAGACUUUUUGCCAAGCCCUUCGUUGGAGCUCUAGACGGCCACUGCGAUGGCGUAACAGCGUUGGCAACAAACCCUAAGAGUCUAGUGGCAUUUGUCAGUGGGGCAGCCGAUGGUGAAGUGCGCGUGUGGGAUCUUCCUCGUCGAAAAUGCGUCUGGAACGUAUACGGCCACCGCGGCUUCGUGCGUGGGCUGGCAGUGACCCCAGACGGCAACACUUUUUACUCGUGCAGUGAGGACAAGACGGUGAAGCAGUGGGCGUUGCGUGUGAAGGAAGAAGACGAAGACGUCCCUACUGCGCUGGCCACCUUUACGUCCAAGGAACCCUUCCUUGGCAUUGACCAUCAUUGGUCUCAGAACAUGUUCGCGACAUGCGGCUCCAAGGUGCAGGUGUGGGAUCCGUCGCGCUCGACGCCAACACACGAGUUUGCGUGGGGUGCCGACUCGAUCAACUCGGUGCAUUUCAACCCGGCCGAGGCGUCGCUACUGGCAUCCACAGGCUCAGAUCGCAACAUUACGCUGUACGACAUCCGUGUGGCGUCUUCGAUGCGUAAAAUCGUCAUGGAAAUGCGGUCCAAUGCGCUGGCAUGGAACCCCAUGGAGCCCAUGAACUUCACAGUCGCCAACGAGGAUCACAACUUGUACACUUUCGACAUGCGCAAGAUGGACCGCGCCAUGAUGGUGCACAAGGACCACGUCUCGGCAGUAAUGGACGUGGCAUAUUCUCCGACGGGUCGGGAGUUCGUAUCGGGCUCGUAUGACCGAACGCUCCGCAUCUUCAACGUGCGCUCGGCUAAAAGCCGGGAAGUUUAUCACACGCAGCGCAUGCAGCGGAUUUUCUCCGUCAAGUUCAGUGCCGACUCGAACUUUGUGCUGUCCGGCAGUGAUGACACAAACAUCCGCAUCUGGAAGGCCGAGGCCUCCAAGAAACUCUCCAAGGUUAACCCGCGCGAGCGCCGCAAGAUGGAGUACAAUGAGUCGCUCAAGGAACGCUACCAACACCUGCGCGAGAUCAGUCGAAUCUCCAAGCACCGACACGUUCCCAAGGCCAUCAAGAAGGCGGCCGAGGCCAAGCGCGAAGCCAGCGCGCGCGAGCAGAAGAAGAUGGCCAACCGCCGCGCCCACGCCAAGGAGGGCGCUGUCCCCCACAGCAACAUCCGCAAAAAGGUGGUCGUCAAGGAGAUGGAAUAA